AUGUGGAAUUUUCCGCAUGCAAUAGGUGCAAUAGAUGGCAAGCACAUCGUUAUGCAAGCUCCUCAUAAUGGCGGAUCAGAGUAUUUUAACUAUAAGAAAACGCGUAGUAUAGUUCUUCUAGCUGUUUGUAAUGCUAAAUACGAAUUUACUAUGGUAGACAUUGGUGACUCGGGAAGACAGAGUGAUGGUAGCGUUUUUAACAACUGCAGUCUUGGUUAUGCAAUUGAAAAUAAUAAAUUGAAUAUUCCUGAUCCCGAAUAUAUUGGUAAUUCAGAAAAUGUAUUACCGUACGUUUUAGUUGCUGACGAUGCUUUUGGUUUAAAAAUACACAUGAUGAAACGAUACCCUAAUCAAAACAUUCCUUUAGAUCAAAAAAUAUUCAACUACAGACUUUCAAGAGCCAGAAGGGUAAUAGAAAAUACAUUUGGUAUUGCUACAACACGCUUUCGAAUAUUUCGCAGACCAAUUAUUGUUAAUCUUGAAAAAGUCAUUUUAAUUACACAAGCGAUUGUAGCCCUACAUAACUUUCUUAUGAAAAAUAGAUCAGCAAACAAUUAUGUCUACUGUCCCACAAAUUACACCGAUAUCGACGGUCCUGCUGGAUUUAGACCAGGUGAUUGGAGACAAGAUAAUUCAUGUUCUGCUGCACUACAACCAAUGUCACAAUCAGGUUCUAACAACUACUCAAAAGAUGCAAAGCAAGUUUGA